AUGGUUCAUAUUCCGGAUUGGGUUCAUCCCUUUAGUAAUCGGAUGAACGUAGAGAUGAAAGUGUAA